CCCCGAUGCCGAGGGAUGGAUAGAGCGGCUGCCCUGCGAGCCGCCGGCAUGCUGGAGAGGAAGGAGCGGAGCGGCGGCGAGGCGGCGGGGCCGCGGGGCUUGCCGGCCGUGCGGAGCACGCUGCAGCAGUGCGGGCUGCUGCAGGACCUCAUCGACAUCUCGCUCUCCAACCUGCGCGGGCUCCGCACCAAGUGCGCCGCGUCCAACGACCUCACGCAGCAGGAGAUCCGCACGCUGGAGGUGAAGCUCAUCGACUACAUCCACCGGCAGCGGCAGUGCAAGCUGAGCGUGCCCCUGAGCGACAGGACGGCCGAGCUCAACAGCUACCCCCGCUUCCACGACUGGCUGGACAUCGUCAACGUGAGGAAAGAGGUUGUGCAGAGGAUACCAGAGGAGCUGACCUUGGAUGCCCUACUAGAAAUGAAUGAGUCAAAGGUGAAGGAAACAAUGAAGAGGUGUGGUGCCAGAGAUGAGGAGUGCUCCAGGCUCAACGGGGCACUGAGCUGCCUAAGGAAGGUGACAGAAUCAGGUGGGGAGCUGAAGGACGACGUGCUGGUGACCCCCCCCGAGGUGCGCCGGGACAGCGGCUCCUGCCCGGACCCCGCGGCCCUGCCCGUGCCCAGGGCCAGCCCCCAGCCCCGCUGUGGCUCCGUGUCCACGGCCCCCCCCCGCAGACCCUCUGCAGAGCCUCGGCCCUCUGUGUACACAGAGACCCUCCUGGAGCCCCUGGUGCCCCCGGGCCAGGGCAGGCUGGCACCCAGGACUCACAGCAUCACCAUCACCCCCCCGGCCACCCCGCAGGCCAAGCGGCGCCACAAGCUGAAGCCACCACGGACUCCUCCCCCCCCUUGCCGGAAGGUUUUCCAGCUGCUGCCCAACUUCCCGACCCUCACGAGGAGCAAGUCCCACGAAUCACAGCUGGGAAACAGGAUAGAUGAAGUUCCUCCAAUAAAGUUCGAGCUCUCCCAGGGAUCCCCUCAGACGGUACGAAGAGACUUUGGCCUGGCAGUGACACACAGGUUCUCUACAAAGUCCUGGCUCUCUCAGAUCUGCCAAGUCUGUCAGAAGAGCAUGAUGUUCGGGGUGAAGUGUAAGUACUGCAGAUUAAAAUGUCACAACAAAUGUACUAAAGAGGCACCUGCUUGUAGAAUAUCCUUCCUUCCCAUAGCAAAAAUAAGAAGAACAGAGUCUGUCCCGUCUGAUAUCAAUAAUCCAGUAGACAGACCCACAGAACCACAGUUUGGAACUCUCCCCAAAGCACUAACUAAAAAGGAGCAUCCACCAGCAAUAAACCACCUGGACUCCAGCAGUAAUCCUUCCUCUACAACCUCAUCUACUCCAUCUUCCCCAGCACCUUUCCAGUCUUCCAACCCUCCCAGUGCGACACCUCCCCCCAACCCCUCUCCCAUGGGCCAGAGGGAUGGGCGCUUUAACUUCCCAGCUGCCUACUACCUUCAGCAUAGACAACAGUUUAUCUUCCCAGAAAUUCCCAGUCCUGCACAAACAGCACAACCUCCAGAAACUGCUGCAGACACUAACACUGCCCAGCCAGGCCCGGGUGGAGCUGGACGGGAGGCAGAGGUGGAAGAACCAGAGGCAAAUAAAUCGGAGCCCGAGGAUGACGAGGACGAGGUGGAGGAUUUGCCGAACCGGCGGCCGCACCUGCAGGGGAUGAUCUACCGCAAACCCAGCCAGACCAGCGUGUACCUGCAGGAGUGGGACAUCCCCUUCGAGCAGGUCCAGCUGGGGGACCCCAUCGGCCAGGGCCGCUGGGGGAAGGUCUACAAGGGCAAGUGGCACGGGGAGGUGGCCAUCAGGCUGCUGGAGAUCGAUGGCAACAACCAGGAUCAUCUCAAGCUCUUUAAAAAGGAGGUGAUGAACUACAGACAGACCCGGCACGAGAACGUGGUGCUGUUCAUGGGAGCCUGCAUGAACCCCCCUCACUUAGCAAUCAUUACCAGCUUCUGCAAAGGAAGGACACUGCACUCCUUUGUGAGGGACCCCAAGAUAUCCCUGGACAUUAACAAAACCAGGCAGAUAGCACAGGAGAUCAUCAAGGGCAUGGGGUAUCUCCACGCAAAGGGCAUCGUACAUAAGGACCUGAAAUCCAAGAAUGUUUUCUAUGACAAUGGCAAAGUUGUGAUCACCGACUUUGGAUUAUUUGGAAUUUCGGGUGUGGUUCAGGAAGGAAGGAGGGAGAAUGAACUGAAGCUGCCUCAUGACUGGUUGUGCUACCUGGCCCCCGAGAUCGUCCGUGAGAUGGCCCCAGGGAAAGAUGAAGACAAGCUGCCUUUCUCCAAAGCUGCAGAUAUCUAUGCCUUUGGGACGGUGUGGUACGAGCUGCAGGCCCGGGAGUGGCCGUUCAGGACCCAGCCUGCCCAGGCGCUCAUCUGGCAGAUCGGCAGCGGCGAGGGCGUCAGGCAGCUCCUGGCAACCGUCAGUCUGGGCAAGGAGGUCAAUGAAAUCCUCUCGGCCUGCUGGGCCUUCGACCUGAGCGAGCGGCCCAGCUUCACUGUCCUCAUGGAUAUGCUUGAAAAACUGCCAAAACUGAACCGCCGGCUCUCCCACCCGGGGCACUUCUGGAAGUCUGCUGACAUUAACAGUAGCAAAGUUGUCCUGCGUUUUGAAAGAUUUGGCUUGGGGAUCCUGGAGCCAAGUAACCCAAAGCUGUAGCCGGGUGUCCUUGUGACCUGUUUCUGCUCCCACACAGCACCAGAAACCCUCAGUGGCUCCUCCGUGCCGAGGCUGGUGCAGCCCCUCUGAAGACCAUCAGCUCAGCCCUGUGUCCUGCCUGAGCACCAGCAGUUAUUUAAACAAUGUUUACAUGAUACUUUUGUGUGAACUAUAUUUUUUUAAACAUAAUAAACAGUGAAUCAAGUUUAA